ACUUGAUCAAGCCUAACGCAAGAAACCUACAGGAAUCUGUUCAGAGCAGCACCAACAGUAAUCACCUAGUGCGAAAUUCAAGGCCAGAGGGACAGACUGUUGGCCAGGGUCCAAUGAAUGUUGCUGUUACAACCAGUAGGGCAAUGAGAAGAGUUAGUUCAGUUCCUUCUAGAACACAAUCACCAGCUUAUGGUACUGGAAUGUCACCGUCAAGGGGAUCUCUCAGAACAUCUCUUGGGAGUGCUUAUGGGUCACCAGCAUCAACUGAACCUCGGUCCAAUAACUCUGCAGUUUAUUUGUCCUCUACAUUGCCAGCUCAGAGAGCAGGCUCUCCACAUACUCCGCAGAGAUCUACAUCACCAGCUACAAUUAGACGAAUUGGUUCAGUUACAAGACAACCCACUAACUCCAGCAGAGCCACCUCUCCAUUCCAGACUUUAGGCUCUUCGUUGAGACUGGGUUCACCUCUCUCUUUGGCAAAUGCACAAACAAGAAUAAAUUCUCCACCCCAAGCUCAAACCGGAUCAUCAUCUCCUGCACGGUCUACUAUGACUGCUGUUCCUCAACGUAUGGCAGCACCGCUGCAAAGAUCUCAUGCCAUUGAUGCUGAUUUUUAUUGUCUGCAGUCACCAGAAAUCUAUGAGAGGAUGGUUCCACCACGACCAGACAGCCUUGCAGGAUUGCGUAGUUCAUAUGCCAGUCAACACAGUCAGCUGGGACAUGAGUUGCGUUCUACCAUGUCUCCUGAUUUGCAUAUUACUCCAAUCUAUGAAGGAAGAACACUCCAAAGCCCGGUUUAUCGCAGUCCCAGUCAUGCAGCUAUUGGAAACCUGCAGAGAUCAGCCAGUCAACGUAGCGCUGUCACUUACCAAAGAAAUAAUUUUGCUCUAAAUUCAGUGGGUAAUUACGGUGAUCCAUACCGAGUUCCAUAUCGACCAUCCGAAUCUAACUAUUCCAGACAUCAAUACAACAUUCCAGCAGAUGAGACUACAACAAGAUCUCCAUCAAUUGACAGUAUCCAGAAGGAUCCAAGGGAAUUUGCUUGGCGUGACCCAGAAUUACCAGAAGUGAUUCAUAUGCUCCAGCACCAGUUUCCAUCGGUUCAAGCAAAUGCAGCAGCCUACUUACAGCACCUCUGUUUUGGUGAUAACAAAGUGAAAACAGAGGUGUGUAUGUUAGGUGGAAUUAAACAUUUAGUUGAUCUUCUGGAUCAUAAAGUCCUCGAAGUACAUAAAAAUGCGUGUGGUGCACUUCGGAACCUGGUUUAUGGAAGAACAACUGAUGAGAAUAAAAUAGCCGUAAAAAAUGCCGGCGGAAUCCCAGCCUUAUUGCGUUUGUUACGAAAAACAGUGGAUGCAGAAAUGCGGGAACUCAUUACCGGAGUUCUCUGGAAUUUGUCUUCAUGUGAUGCAGUGAAGAUGCCAAUUAUUCGUGAUGCUCUAACAACUCUUACAAAUAGUGUAGUGAUACCUCAUUCAGGGUGGAGCAGUUCUUCUUUUGAUGAAGACAGAAAAGUGAAAUUCCAUGCUUCUUUAGUACUACGAAAUACUACUGGAUGUCUAAGAAAUCUUAGCUCUGCAGGUGAAGAGGCUCGAAAGAAGAUCCGAUCUUGUGAGGGAUUGGUGGAUUCAUUAUUAUAUGUGAUCCAGAUGUGCGUUAACACUGCAGAUUAUGAUAGCAAGACUGUUGAAAACUGUGUUUGCAUCUUGAGAAACCUGUCCUAUCGCUUAGAACUAGAGGUUCCACAAGCUCGUCUGAUGGGAACAAGUGAACUUGAUGGAUUACUUGGUAGUGACUCUCCCAAUAAAGAUGCUGAAACUGGUUGCUGGGGUAAGAAGAAGAAAAAGAAAAAGAAAGAGCCCCAGGAAGAUCAGUGGGAUGGAGUAGGUCCAAUACCUGGAUUUUCUAAAUCCCCAAAAGGAGUUGAAAUGUUGUGGCAUCCAUCAAUAGUGAAACCAUAUCUCACUCUCCUUGCUGAAAGUUCAAACCCAGCCACGUUGGAAGGAUCCGCUGGAUCUCUACAGAACUUAUCAGCAGGAAACUGGAAGUGGGCAGCAUAUAUACGAGCUGCAGUCAGAAAAGAGAAAGGCCUUCCAAUUCUUGUGGAACUUCUGAGAAUGGACAACGAUCGGGUUGUUUGCUCUGUUGCUACUGCAUUGAGGAACAUGGCCCUAGAUGUUCGAAACAAAGAACUUAUAGGCAAGUAUGCAAUGCGGGAUCUUGUGCAUCGUCUUCCAGGAGGUUCAACGCUAAUAAUGCUUUCUGAUGACACUGUUGCUGCUGUUUGUUGUGCUUUACAUGAGGUUACUAUUAAGAAUAUGGAAAAUGCUAAAGCUUUAGCUGAUGCUGGAGGAGUCGAGAAACUUGUAAACAUUACAAGGGGGAAGGGUGAAAGGUAUUCCCUGAAAGUAGUUAAAGCAGCAGCUCAAGUUUUAAACACAUUAUGGCAAUAUCGUGACCUUCGCAGCAUUUACAAAAAGGAUGGUUGGAAUCAAAGCCAUUUCAUUACACCAAUUUCUACUCUGGAACGUGACAGACACAAAUUCUCUACAUCCCACCCAUCCUUAUCAACAAACAAUCAGAAUAUGUCACCUGUUCUUCAUUCUGUGGCGAGCACAACCUCUUCACCAGCACUCUUGGGAAUUAAGGAUCAACGCUCCAACUAUGAAAAGACAAAGACGUCUAUGCAAUAUUACAACAGCCCUGGUGACAAUAUGACACAUACAAAUUUAACUAUAGGUUCCAGUAAACCGUCACCUAUUUACAUAGGUUCCUAUUCUUCACCAGCAAGAGAGGAAUCUAGACGACUUCAUCAUCCACAGAUGUAUUAUGGCCAAGAAGAAUCAAUCAGAAGAAAUUAUGAUGCAUAUAGAUUGUAUAUGCAGUCUCCACACUCUUAUGAUGACCCCUAUUUUGAUGACCAAAUUCAUUAUCCAACAGCCACUGAUUAUACAUCACAACAUGGACUAAAAACAUCAACUAACUAUGUGGAUUUAUAUUCUGCUACACGGCCAUCUUACAGAGCAGACCAAUACCCAGGAUCCCCAGAUUCCUGGGUUUAACACUUGGAAAAAUAAAAGAACAAUGUCUUGUUGCUCUGUUUCUGAUUGUAAGUGAUCAUCGAUGUAAGAAAUUUCUAGUGGAGACAAUGUGAAUGUAACCUUUAGGAAGGAAUUCAGGAUGUGUUUUUAACAAGGAAAUCAUGGAAGCAAAUGCGAAGGAAGAUUGAUGGGAGAGUCUUUAACUCUGCAUAGAUGUUAGAUUUCUUAUGUGUAACUCUUGUAGUUUGGUGGAGGUGUAGGCCAUGUGAUGAAAGGUUUGUGGUGGAAGAAAAUAAUUGGAGAAGGUGCGGGCCAAAUAAAAUGUGAAACUUCUGUGAAUAGUCUCACUCUGUUGGUUUGUACAGACAUUUUAAAUAUAUACACUGUUUUGUUUAACUAAAAUAAUGAGCCUUCAAAUUAUGUAUUUCAUUUCCCCUUGUAAAUUUGCUUUCUUCGGUGUAAAUAUGGAAAUGCCAUAUGAACAAGGGUAGCUGUUAUUUCAGAAAGCAGUGUCUUAUAUUGAAAUUAAAUUUAAAAAUCUAAGUGUCAUACAAGAGAUAAAAUAUUCUAAAUGAAAAUAAGUCACAUUUUGUUUUAAAGGAGUUUUGUAAUUUCAAAGAACAUGCUUUUCCCAGUGAACUGGAUACUUAUUUUUCCAUUCCCAUUCUGUGGCUAGUUUCACUGCCAUUUGCGAUAUGCAUUUAUAAAUAAAUGUGAUCAUUUCAUUAACUGAC